AUGAUCCGCAAGUUUAGUCUGUUAAUACUUUUGGUGGGUUGUCUAAGUGUCACAUCUGCCCAGUCUCUGUAUUUACAAGAGCCUAAUCAUCAUCAGAGAUCUCACAGUAACAACAUCAACAGCAAUAACAAUAACAGAGAUCCAUUGGUAUCAUCAACACCAGAAAGCCCCAAGGAGCCUGAGGGAGUGUCAGUUCCCGCGAGCGAAGACUCUACUCGCGCUUUCACGGCAAGUGUACACGGACACCAGGUUAAUAACGUACCCACCUACCCUGGAGCUCCCAUCGGUCCAGAUGGCCGGGUUAUUGACACACAAGACGUUACCGUCGCAAAAGCAAAACACGCCGCGGCUUACAUCAAUCAGAAGGUCAACUUGGCACGAGAGGCUGCAAGGAGUAAUGCUGGUGGGCUUGCCAAGUCCCCCGAGGUCUUGUUGGAGUACCAGGACAGUUUGGGCCAGUACAGCUUUGGGUACAGCGCCCCAGGCUCCGCGAGAUCUGAAGUUGGAGCAGCGGACGGAUCAACCCGAGGGGCCUUCAGCUACGUUGACGGCUCCGGAGUUAUUCAGACCGCCAAGUACACCGCUGACGGGGAAAAUGGCUUCAGGAUUGAGGCCAGCAAUCUCCCCGUGGCCCCCAGGCCUGUCGAGGAGACUCCCGAGGUCCAGGCUGCCAGGAUCGAACACUUCAGGGCUUACGAGGAGGCCAAGAAAAAUUUAAUCGCUGCUGGAAGUCUGAUGCCCGAUCAAAGUACUGGCGAGAAUCAAGACAAAAUUAUUGAAAAGGAAAACAAGAAAGAUGAAAUUAAGGAGGAAAAGAAAAGUGAAAAGGAAGAGAAGAAAGAGUCGUUGAUGAUGGCCAAAUUGAAGAACCGGAUUGAGCUGAUCGGAUCUGGAUCUGGAGCUGGAAAUUUCUAUGGGAGCGCACCCUCCGCGGAUCAAGGUAACGCAAAAGGAAAUGAAAAGCUGCAAUUGAAAACUAGCGAUGCGAGUCAUGUACAAUUCUACCGUACGCCUCUUGUCAGGUACUCACCAAUCGGGUACCCUGUUUAUUACAAUCAUCUUCAGUAUGUUCCAUCUUACUACUACUUCUGA